UCGAAAAGUGCGACACGCAAAUAACAUUCGUGCACGCGCACGAAACAAAUUGAUCAGCUCACAAAAGAUCAGAAAAAGGUUACAUUGUCUCUCUUAACAGUUUUUAUUUUCAUUUUUUUUUUUUCUAGUGCGUUACUUAACACCUUUUGCUUUCGAAGUGUUCGCCAGCGACCCGUGAACUUUACCAAGCUCUCUCGCAUAUUGACAGACUUACUGGCAAACACAGGGCGGUCACGUGCCAGCCUCACCUGCUUGUAUUUCUCACACGCUCUAGUUGGCUUGUGAUACCCUCAGGUGUGUUUCCAAAAGUGGGUUAGGGUGGAAGCUAACACACUGUCGUCACCUUGUGUCGAAGGCAGCAUUUCUCAUAAAGUUCUGUCAGCAGCUUUGAGCUUGCUUUCGCUUUGGAUUCUAGUGUAACCGGAAUUUCCCGGAAAUGAGGAUAUUAAUUAUUUGUAAUCUUUGCUGAUAUCCGCCCUGUUUUGAAGGUGAACCUGCUGUUCUCACUCAGAUGUAAGGACAUUCAGCCAAAAUGUUGAAGAGUUAGUCUGUUUACAAAGUGGAACACCAAACAUUGCAAACCGUUGUUGCUCUUGAGAGUUUCUAAAAUAUCCGCAUUCCAGCAUGGAAACAGUAUCUUGUGAGCCACCUGACACAGAGUGCUCGGUGUGUCAUAAUAAUUUCGUCGAGCCCAAGAUUUUAUUCUGUGGUCAUCUCCUGUGCAGGGAGUGUAUUGUCUCUAUAAUAAAGUCAAAAAACCAGAGUAAUUGUCCUUUAUGUAUAAAUCCCAUCGCAAGCCAGGAGGCACUUAAAUCUCAGAGUCCAGAGAGCAUUGCCGACUCUCUGCCCACAGAUUUUGUCAUGGAUGCGUUAGUGUUGAGCGUUGACCUGAAGACCCAGAGACCCGUCUGUUGUGGGUGUCGUCGCGAAGAAGCCGACUCCAUCUGUCUGCAGUGCCGGGAGAUGUUGUGUCCGGCCUGCACCAACGUACACAAAAAUUUUUCGAUGAGCCGUAGUCACGAAGUGAAGAGUCUAGGGAGUGUAACAGCUGAAAGUCUGGCUGCCAGCCGCAUUCCACUGUGUGUUUGCCAAGGCGACAAAAUGAUGUUUUAUUGCGCAAAUCAUGGGUUUGCUGUUUGCGGCUCAUGUGCUCUGAAGACACACAAAUCGUGUCCUGAGAUGAGCGAUCUGGACACCGAAAUGAAUGCAGCUAAAGAAGCAGUGAAAGACCUAAACGAAACUCUUUCUUCGGCGGAGAAAAAGAUGGAAAAAAGCAUAAAUGAGCUAAACACUUGUCUGAUGGGAUCGAAUUCGUGUGAAAAGCUGUGCAAUCGUCUGGUGACGAUUUGCAACAAGUAUACAAAAACAUUAAAGUCUGCUAGCUCGAGAAAAGUCUUAAAGUCAGUGCGCGACGCUAGUUACAACCUUCAAAUGCGACUAGCGAGGGUCAAAUCCCACGCGAGAAUUGUUUCCCGCGCAGGAGCAGUAUGUCCACGCCCCGAGCUCAUCUACGCCAAGCAAACUUUACAGGACAGGAUCAAGACUCUGGACUUCAGCACCACCUGGCCAUCAGAGGUCGACACGACGGCCUUCAUCGAAAUGAUGGACUUUAAAAAUCUUAUCCGACAAGUAAAGUGUGAGCUCACACUACAAGAGGAAAGACCUGAUGAGAUAGAACUCGUUUUCCACAUGAAGCGCGGCUGCAGUGUGAUGCUCGGGCUGAACCAGAAGUUGGCCGUGUGUCAGGGUCCGCAUGGAGGUGUUGUGGUGUCACGUGAUGCUCUGUUGUCCGAUGUUUUAUAUCAGAUAUCGAUAAUGGAAAUGAGACGAGAUUGGAAAUCAGAUGAUAUCAAAUUUUGUGGAAUAACACAAACAUAUCCCAACGAUUUAAACAUUAAACAGCGGAUGUGUGAGAUGGAGGAUGUUCAGACAGCAGACUGGCCAGACAACGUUGAUUUAAAUGUUGACACAUCAAAGGCCAUAGGAUUGAUGAUCGACUCCACCGACAGCCUUCACAUUUUUCUCCAAGAACGGGACUUGGGCAUCGCCUUAAGAAAUGUUCAGCGACCUUGCUACGCCGUUUUUGACCUUGGCAUCAACGUGACACAGGUUCUUGCACUUCCUUCAACUGAAAUAUCAGAAAACAUCAGCCAGGACAUGGUUUUGACAUGAUCUUAGUGGGAUAUAUUUACCUUUGCAUUUGCCCUCACCUGUAUCUUGCCCUUCACCCAUCUCCCUUCAUGAG